CCUUCAUUAAUACUCUGUUCGCUUGUGAUACCCCUGCGAAUCGGUAUUUCCGAAUAUUCAUUCUUUUUGCAUUCUUUAAACAUAAACACCAGACAGUGUUUCGUCCGGCACUAUGCGUUCCUCAGCUCUUAUCCUUUACCUGCUCCCGCUCCUGGCCGAAGCGGCUCCGCACUCGCGAAAAGGUCAACAGCAACAAAAUGAUGCUAGUACGGGCUGUAUUGCCCAGCAACAGGAGAAGAAAAAGGACGGCGCCAAAGUCGGAAAGGCAAUUUACAUGAUCACCAACGACGCUCAGAACGCCGUAGUUGCAAUCCCCAUUGGAGCCGACGGCAAGCUAUCAGCCGGCAAGAUGGCGAAGACAGGCGGUGCAGGAUCCAUUGCCCUUGGUGCAGAUGGCAAGCCAGCGACGCCUGAUGCAUUGGUUGGCCAGUCUGCACUGACGGUCGUCGGCCAUAACCUUCUCGCUGUCAAUCCCGGCUCCAACACGCUUACCAUGAUGGCAAUUUCAGCCAACGACCCAACAUCACUGAAACGCGUGGGUAAGCCCGCUGCCAUUCCAGGCGAGUUUCCCAACACCGUUGCCGCAUCGGCAAAGAACAAACUGGCCUGUGUUGGCACGACCGGGGCCAAAGCUGGUAUCUCUUGCGCAAGUUUCUCACACCAAGGCCUCGGAGAAAUGGAUAAUCUUCGCGAGUUCGACAUUAAACAGACGACGCCGCCAGUCGGACCUACCAACACCGUGUCGCAAACUUUCUUCUCGGCAGACGAGUCGAAUCUGUUCACAACUGUCAAGGGUGACCCUGCUGUGAAUAACACUGGCUUCCUAUCUACCUUUCCCGUUCAGGCAGGAAAAGGAGGCGGCGCUGCUGUUUCGGCAAAGGGGACGCAGAGCUCGCCCAAUGGCACGGCCGUACUCUUUGGCUCAGCCAUUGUUCCCAACGACCCUUCGUCUCUCUUUGUCACCGAUGCGUCCUUUGGCGCGGCUGUCUUGUCCGUCAACAAAGAUGGCCAGGCAAGUGUCAAGGGCAAGGCUGCUAUCGAUGGCCAAAAGGCUACUUGCUGGGCUACCAUCUCGGAUGCGACAAAGAGCGCAUUUGUCACUGACGUCGCUGUCAACCACGUUGUCGAGAUGAGCAUAAAGGAUGCGAGCAUCAUCAAGACGCUUGACUUGUCUGCCAACGGCGACCCAGGCCUGAUUGAUCUCCGCGCUGCGGGUGACUUUGUCUAUGCGCUCAGCCCGGGUAAUGGCACAACCAAUGCGGCUGUUACUGUUCUCGACGUGUCUGGAGGACAGGGGUCGAUGAAGCAAGUGCAGCAUUUUGACCUGGGAAGUAUGGGCGUGGGCAAGACAGCUCAAGGCAUGGCCGUUCUGUUGUAAAAUAGGGUUAGGGGUGUUGCCAGUAUCAACGUCAGCGUAAUGGGUCAUGUUCGACCGUCCUUUUAUCUUGAGUAUCGUAUAUAGGGCCAUGGAAAUUAACUUUUAUGAUUUU